AUGUCUUCAAGCGACACCGAAAAGCCCCCUGUGGCCUACGAACCUACCGCCCAAAAAGCAGUCGACGAUGAUCGACCACUCGAAGAGAACGCGCUGGAAGACGGUUCGGUCAAGGAGCCAUCCAACGAGAAUUCCUUUCCAGAAGGAGGAACACGGGGGUGGGCAGUGGCAAUUGCCUGUGCUAUGGUCCUGUUCUGCACUUUUGGCUAUGCCAAUGCCUUUGGCGUGCUCCAAGAGUACUACGAGACGCACCAGCUCAAGUCCAGAUCUCCUUCUACCAUCUCCUGGAUCGGCUCAUUGCAGAAUUUCUUCUUGUUUGCAGGCUCUCUGCUCGGCGGUCCGCUCUUCGACCGAUAUGGCGCCAAGGUCCUGUGGCCUGCAGUUCUUGCACAUGUAUUCGCGGUAAUGAUGACCAGCAUAUGCAAAGAAUACUAUCAAUUCAUCCUCGCCCAAGGAGUCCUCGGCGGGAUAGCCAUGGGCAUGUCGAUGGCGCCUUCCAUGGCCGCAACUAGUCAAUACUUCAACAAGAAGCGUGGUGCGGCGCUGGGUAUCGCAGUUGCUGGAUCUUCCGUUGGCGGUGUCAUAUUCCCCAUUGCGCUCAGCAGAAUGCUCGUGAACCCAAAGCUUGGGUUUGGCUGGGCCAUCCGAAUCUGUGGUUUCAUCAUGCUUGCCGUUCUGCUCCCAUCCUGUGUCAUGGUCCGGGCCCGUGUCCCUCCUCGGUCCGGAAAAUUCCUUCUUCCAAGCGCCUUUAAGGAACCCCUAUUUGUCAGUAUUAUAGGAUCUAUAUUCCUCAUGAUGCUCGGGCUCUUCACUCCAUUUUUCUACCUUCCAACAUACGCCAUCGACCAUGGCAUGUCAACACAGUUGGCAUCUUACCUUGUCUCAAUAUUAAACGGCGCCUCAUUCUUCGGGCGAGUGAUCCCCGGUAUUAUGGCAGAUAAGGUUGGCCGACUUAACAUGAUGAUGGCUGCGGCCAUCAGCACUGGAAUUCUCAUUUUGUGCUUGCAGAGGAUGACCACGAAUGCGACAAUCAUUCUCUUCUCCGCUCUUUAUGGCUUCUGCUCGGGGGCAAUCGUAUCUCUUAUGUCAGCAAACUUGGCCCAGGUUCCCAAAAACCCGGCCAAUAUUGGCACCUACUUAGGUAUGGGGAUGGCAGUUAUAUCCAUCGGGGCUCUUAUUGGGCCCCCAAUCAAUGGUGCACUCGUCACUCGUUAUCACAGUUUCAACCAGACCUUGACCAUGAGCGGGGUGUUUGUCGUUGUUGGAGGUUGUUCUUUAAUUUUUGCAAAACUAGCGACUGGAAAUGGAGUGUUUGUGAAGCAUUGA